UUUUCUCGAGGAAAAUGGAAAUGUGGGUCCCACGUGAAUACAAUUGGUCGAAUCCAGACGAGAGAAGUUGAAAGAAAGAAACCCUAGCCCCUAAGAAAGGAAAAGCAACAAGGAGUAGAGAGAAAUUCCUGCGCUUGGCCGGCCGUCUCUCCGUCUUCUCAGAUUUUGAGGCUAAUAUAUUCCUGUUUUCAGUCUAUUUAAGUGGCGAUGGCUGAUGGUCAUGAAUCUGACAAGAACAUCGAGAUAUGGAAGAUCAAGAAAUUGAUCAAGGCGUUGGAAUCUGCGAGAGGCAACGGUACCAGCAUGAUAUCACUUAUAAUGCCUCCACGAGAUCAAAUUUCUCGGGUUACUAAGAUGUUGGGUGAUGAAUUCGGAACUGCUUCCAACAUCAAAAGCAGGGUCAACCGCCAGUCAGUGCUGGGUGCCAUUACUUCUGCACAACAAAGACUGAAGCUUUAUAACAAGGUUCCUCCUAAUGGGCUGGUGCUUUACACCGGGACGAUUGUUACUGAAGACGGCAAGGAAAAGAAGGUUACCAUUGACUUUGAACCUUUCAAGCCAAUAAAUGCCUCGUUGUAUCUCUGUGACAACAAGUUUCACACUGAAGCUUUGAAUGAACUUUUGGAAUCUGAUGAUAAGUUUGGCUUUAUUGUAAUGGAUGGAAAUGGUACGCUAUUUGGGACAUUAAGUGGAAACACAAGAGAGGUGCUACAUAAAUUCACAGUUGAUCUACCAAAGAAGCAUGGAAGAGGAGGUCAGUCAGCAUUGCGGUUUGCCCGUCUUCGGAUGGAAAAGCGGCAUAACUAUGUCAGAAAGACUGCUGAGCUUGCCACGCAAUUCUUCAUCAAUCCUGCUACCAGUCAGCCAAAUGUUGCUGGUCUAAUACUUGCUGGUUCAGCAGAUUUCAAGACUGAACUAAGCCAGUCAGAUAUGUUUGAUCCUCGUUUGCAGGCAAAGAUAUUAAACGUGGUCGAUGUUUCUUAUGGGGGUGAAAAUGGUUUCAAUCAAGCUAUCGAGCUAUCUGCAGAAAUUCUUUCUAAUGUGAAGUUCAUACAAGAGAAACGCUUGAUUGGAAAGUACUUUGAGGAGAUCAGUCAGGACACCGGUAAAUAUGUCUUUGGUGUGGAUGACACACUCAAGGCUCUGGAAAUGGGCGCUGUAGAAAUCCUAAUUGUGUGGGAAAAUCUGGAUAUCAAUAGGUAUGUGCUGAAAAACAGUGCUACUGGCGAGAUUAUCAUAAAGCAUCUGAACAAGGACCAAGAAGCUGACCAGAGCAAUUUCCGUGAUGCAGCUACUUCUUCGGAGCUCGAAGUUCAGGAGAAGAUGCCAUUACUUGAGUGGUUCGCCAACGAGUACAAGCGGUUUGGUUGUACGCUUGAAUUUGUCACGAACAAAUCCCAGGAGGGGUCACAAUUUUGCAGAGGAUUCGGUGGGAUUGGAGGUAUCCUUCGUUACCAGCUUGACAUCAGAUCAUUUGAUGAGGUAUCAGAUGAUGGGGAAGCGUACGAGGAUUCCGAUUAAGAGCCAAUGAAUUGUUGCUUGGCGAAGUGCGUUUCUGUAGCAGGUUGCUUCUGCUUGGUAAUCUAGCAUCUCUGUGCUCCACAAUCUUCAAAUUUCGGUGCUUAUUGGCCGCAUAUGCAUUCGUUUUUUGCAAGUGUCUUUUUCUUUGCUACCUUUGCCCCCUUCAAAGCUGUUUGGACCUUUUUGCUUUGUAAUGAAUGAAAGAGUAUGGUGAUUUCUUGAAGAUUUUUCAUAUAGAACACGGAGGGAGGUUUGUUUUGGAAGGUGAAAGUACCAUUCACGUGCUCUUUAAAUCUUAAUCUGAUGUCGGUUUUUUAUGUACAUUGGGCUAUUUCUUGUUUUCUUA